AGAUUGGGGAAGUGCACCGAAAAGAUACAGGUGAUGGAAACACUGCUGUGGAUUUAGUGUUUUGGGUUGAAUUGAGGAAAAGGUUCCAGUUUCUGCAGCAAAAUUUAAUUUGAAGCUACCCCUCAGUGCCGAAAAUAUAAGGCCAGUCAUGGCAUACUGCUGGUGCCAGUGUAACCCUCAAUGAAUUAUGCUCAGUUAUAUAUUUGUGCAUCAGAUUAACCAAUACUUGUGUGCGGCUUUGAUUCCACCGAGUGAUGACAACAUCGGUCAAAACAACAGUAUCCUGUAUUUGUGCAGAUGACGACCAGCUCUAUUUAUGUGCUCUGUACGUGGUUAAUUCACUACCUGAUGGUGCUUUGAACACACACGCGUUCCCUGGAAUAUAUUUAAAGGGACAACAAUAACAAUGCAUUCAGCAAGUUGGUUCGUGGAGGAAGGUCGUGUAUUGAUUUUGAGUGAGUGCGUGGCGUCGGGCGGGGCGAAGACCUGCUGCUGCCGCCAGCCGCCAGCCACACAGCUGACUGCUGCUGGGGGGCGACACUCGUUAUGUGGCCACGGGGUGAUGCGUUCUCUGCUGGCCGAGACUCGUUCAGCAGUCACCACCUGCAGGUUCACACAGCAGCGUGAGGUGGGGCCAGCACGUACCACCACGCUCUUGCCAGCAGUGUAGUGUGAUCCUGCGCCGCCUCUUCAUCGACACAGUUCAGGUCAUCUAGCGUGUAAGAAAACUGCUACUGACCAACGGAGUAAAAAUCGCCGGUGGUCAUAAGUUACAAAUAUGUGAUCGAUGAGUAAGUGAUCUCUAAUACGAACAUGUGAGAAAACUAGUGCUUUAAACAACAGACUGAACUUGCUAGUGUGAAAUGGGAAAUUUAAACAAGUAAUCAACGAGUUGACAAACCAGUGUAAGAGAACUACGUAGUGUUUACCACAACAGACCGAACCUGAGAGGGUGAAUAACGUGGUCCAGAUAUGUGAUCGGUGAGGUAGUGAUACUGAAUGUGUGGGAAAAAAAAAAAAGUGCUUAUUAGUGGAAAAGAAAAUGAAGUUGGUGUGAGUGAAUGAGGUAGUUCCAAUAUGUGAUCAGUGAGAUGAGUGGUGUGUGCUCAGUAUGCCCAGUGACUUUUCCCGCUGUGUGUCGCAUGAAUCAGGGUUCCUAGUCCAGCAGCAGCAGCAGCAGCAGGCUUACAUCAACACCACCACCAGCGUCUCCUCAGAGUGUGACGCCAAGGAUCUCUGCUCUACUCCAUCUGCAACGUCACUAGAAAGGAAGCCCUGUGUCAGUGAGCUUCAUUCCUCGCCCGUUCCUGCGUCACCGGCAACCUCAGACGAUCUAAAUGUUCACGAAGAACCUGAGUGUUGCCGGCCUGACUCGGUGCUUGGUCAUUCGCAGGAACUGACUGCUGAGAAAGACAUUGGACUGGACUCUGUGCGCGCGGUGACACCCGUGAACCCUGUGCCACUCAUCCCACACCGCAAAAGGGUCUUUAUCAUCUCGGCUCCCGCAUCAAACACAGCGGAGAAUGCUAACGGUGAGAAGAUUUUGUUGAUUGGUCGUGAUCUUGUGAUAUCAAAGAGCGGAGCCUCCCAUGUAGUAAGUAAAUAUUCAGGCCAGAACACGGAAAACAAGGAAUCCGCCUUCCCUCUCGUCUUUAGCAGCAACAGCCUGACCAUACAGAAAAUAGAUUACAAGUGUAAAGUAUUGCAAGAACACAGUAAGGAGUGUGAGUGUGAUACUCCUCGCCUGCACGUGUACCUGAUCCGUGGCCACCAGUGCAGCGGGGCAUGCAGCCUCUCUGAGCCACUCCAGUGUAGCCUCUCCGAACACCGCCACUCCAUUAAAUCCUCUGACCGGUCUCUUCACACGUCCAAAGCCACAGAGAUGACAGGAAAAAUUAAAGCAAAGUGUCGGACGAAGAAAACUAAUUCCUUCAAGUUUUCCGACAAUGUGAUAAAAGUUGAGCCUUCGAGUGAUGACGCACGGGUGUCGGGUAGUCUUCCGCAGGCCAAGAAGAAACUGUCUAUGGCGGACAGAGAUAAACAGGAGCCCGAAUCAGAGCUGCUCGGGGAGACAGAGUGUGUAUGGCUGCCCACUAUCAUGAGCACACUGUCAGGAGACGUGGAGUAUGUGGUGUUGGAUGACGAGGCGCUCAACCUUGGAACAGUGGAAAGACCAGCUUCUCCUCAGUCCCUCAAGUCUAAGAUCAAUAAUAUUUAUGAGGAUAUUGAUGAGAAACCUGUCAUUCAGAACAUCAAUGUCACUCCACCUAUCACCAAGCCAACCAAAACUAGACUCCCACCACUUCGAAGACUGUCUGAGAUAAAUCUCAAAGUUGCCUCCACACACACGGCUGCCCGGGACACGGUGCCCGUAACAGGGGAAGCAAUGUCCACUCAAAGAGCAUCUGAAGAAAGCAGUGCAGAUGACCCCGCCUCGUCAAGCCUAGCUGAAGUGUGCACCAACCAUUGCCCGUCCAUCAAAGACAUAUUUGGCGACAUUAGUGUAAAGGAGGAACCUCUGGAUGAUGUGAAGCAGGACAUGUCCGUUGAUGACUUUAGUAAAGAAAUUUUGAAAGGCUCAAGUAGAGAGUCCGAUGUGGCAACAAUUAACUUUGUGCAGAAAAAAGAGACAGGUGAUGAUAAGGCAGCAGAAGAAGAGGAAGGCUCUGGGAAAGGUCUUUUUGCCAGACUGAUCAAGGAGGAAAACAAUGCCAAUGGGGAAGAAAGGAACACUGACGGCCACAACUCAGAUGACUCACUCGGUCCACUCCAGAUAGAUGAGAAGUACUCGCCUUCCUCAGAGGACGCUGGCCUGGCCCUGGCCAAGGAGGUAGUGGAGCUCAACAUGCCGAGCGUCAACAUCAUCAGCCCAUUCAAGAUCAAGAUCCUGCUGGGAAGCCCAAACCGGGAGACACAGCAGGUGCAAGUGGAACCAACUCCCCAGGCCGGCACCGCCCUCAUUGGGAAGGUGGUUGAGGUGAACAAUGUGAUGCUCGCGCCCAAGAACCUCCAGCCAAGUUCAGAAAACACCGCAGGAGGAGGUCAAGCGGGAUCAGCUGGCAAGGUAUUAGAUGGUAUACAGAGCCUGACUUGUAUCUACUGUCACACCAGCUGCCCCAAUGCCCAAGCCCUGGCGCGACAUUUUGAAAACCACCAGAAGGAUGGUCUAAUUAUUUGUUACUUCUGCCAAAAGAGUUUUGGUGAUAAGACAGGCAUGAAGAGACACAUGCGAACUCACACUGGUGAGAAACCUUACCAGUGUAAGAUCUGUGGCAAGCGGUUCAGUCUGCCGGGUAAUUUUAAGAAGCACCGAGACAUUCACGAGGACAAGCGCACGGAGCCUUGUGGCGUGUGCGGCAAAACGUUCAGGCGGAAAGAACACCUCAAAUACCACAUGCGGACCCACACCGGUGAAAAGCCAUUCAGCUGCAGUGAGUGCGGCACUUGCUUCACGGCAAGGUAUUCCCUCCAGAUACACAUGAAUAUACACCUGGGCAAGAAGCCAUACAAGUGCACGUACUGCAGCAAGGCAUUCUCAGACAAGUCCACCAUGAGGAAACAUGUGCGCGUCCACACGGGGGAGCGGCCCUUCCGGUGUCAGGAGUGCUGGCGCUGCUUCGGGGAGUCUGGCACCCUGGCAGCGCACAUGGCCACGCACCGCAAUGAGCGACCCUAUGCCUGUGACAAGUGUGACCUGCGAUUCAAGACCACUGGUGGCCUGAGGCAGCAUGAGAAGGUUCACACUGGGGAGAAACAAUAUGCGUGCAAGUUUUGUGGCAUGAAGUUCUUGCAGAAGUACAACAUGACCAUGCACGAAAGGAUCCACACGGGAGAGAAGCCGUACACGUGCUCCCAUUGCCAACGUAGUUUUCGCAGCCGCUCGUGCCUGGCCAAACAUGUGGUGCUGCACGGUGGCGAGGACGAGCGACGCUUCGGCUGCGAUCAUUGCAACAGCAGAUUUUACCGUAAAGCUCACCUCAGACGCCACAUUGACAUGCACCUAGGAAUAAAGAACUAUGAGUGUGAGUACUGUAAAAAGAAAUUUUGUACAAGAGGAACACUGAGGAGUCACUGCAAGACUUUCCACAGUAAUGGAGCAAGACGCUUCCCGUGCAACAAUUGUGGCAGGGUGUUCAAGAGGAAGGUGUACGUCAGCACCCACCUGUGUGCCAAUACUGCCUACAAGGCCGUUAACAGGGACGACGAGAAGACAUCGGAGACCUCACAAGGCGUGUUUAAUGAGUCCACUGAUUCAGAAGAGCUCGCGUUUGAGGUGAAGAGUGAACCAGAAGAUGAUGGAGGAAAUGAGGAAGUGGAGAGCAGCGAGGUGAUGAACAUUGCCGCCGCCCUGAGUCAAGAUGUGAAGAUGGAGUGGGAUGCUGAAGUUAACGUAUGAAAGAGUGACAUUGGUGUUAGGUUUGCCUGCUGAUGUUGCUGCUGAUGCUGCUGCUGCUGCUGCUAUGCAGCCUCCUAUCUGCAGUCAGACUAGGUUAAUAGUACGUGUGGCGGUCAUGUUGUUUAUUUGUCUUUAGGAUAGGUAAGAAAGCAAGGCUAAUCUCGUGCAGGAAGACAACAGUAAUUGUCUUACCCAGUACAGGCCGGGAGUGAUUCACCACCAUGACUUGUGACCUGCACGUGACCCACAUGACCCAGAACUCGUAAACACCAAUAGUAUUUCAUGUCACACACACACACACACACACACACACACACACACACACACACACACACACACACACACACACACACACACACACACACACACACACACACACCAUAAAAGAUGACGCUUCUGCACAGUUUCUCUCUCUCUCUCUCUCUCUCUCUCUCUCUCUCUCUCUCUCUCUCUCUCUCUCUCUCUCUCUCUCUCUCUCUCUCUCUCUCUCUCAUCCACAUGCCACUGACUUAAGCUUGACCCUUCUCACGGUUAUCUGUACCAUUACUCAUGACCUACGACCCAGGUGGAGCGCCACGCAUAUUAGUAAUAUUCUCACGCUCACUGACGCUUGAUUAACUACCUUUGACACGAGUUGCGGCAGUGUAGAGUGAUGGAGGCAGAGACAGAGUAAGAAAAAAGGGGAGAGAGAGAUAAAUGAGUAGAAAAUUAAUGGAUACAUUUAUGUUUAAAGUGACAAAAACUUAGUGAACGUGUUCGUAUGUGGUAUAUUGCGUACCGUUGUGUAGCUAAUCUCUUUGUCUCCUGUAUUGUAUCGUCGUCGUGGCCGCUGGAGAGAGAGAGAGAGAGAGAGAGAGAGAGAGAGAGAGAGAGAGAGAGAGAGAGAGAGAGAGAGAGAGAGAGAGAGACUACUCGUGAAGCAACAAGUAUUAGUACUAGUCAAACAACUUUAGUGUCCUAACGUGUGUAUGUGUGUGUGUGUGUGUAUUGACACGUUCAUUGCAAGCAGUAUUUUAAUCUAGUCAUGGGUGUGAUGUGAGGAAAGGUGCAUCCCGUCCCGCCUUGUGUGCCAUAUGUAGUAUCAUUUGUAUUCGUCUGUGUGAUAAUGAUCCCCAAUUGCUUCUCGUUCUGUUUCUCAAGCGUCAGGGAUUGGCGUCAUGCACGAGUCCUCUCCUUCAGCUGUUUCUCUACUUUGCUCCUUGUUGUGUUCCUAUUCUUGGCACCUUAAAGUACUUAAUUACGAUAAUCUGUGUUAUAGGUAAGUGUUUAUUUAUUGACUUAUUGACUUGUUUAUCUACAUACUCACUAUUAUUAUUAUUAUUAUUAUUAUUAUUAUUAUUAUUAUUAUUAUUAUUAUUAUUAUUAUUACUAUUAUUAUUGUCGUUGUUAUUAUUGUUACAGUAUAGUUACGUUACCAAGUUUAUUUCCUUCAACCAAACGUCACCAAGUUUCCAGUUACUCAGCGUCCGUCGCUGCCACAACACUCAAAUAAUCUCAAGGUCUCCGAGACGUUUCUUGAAUUGCGUGAAUAGUCCUGACACGUCAAUAUCUGAAGGAAGUACUGAGACCUUCACUAAGUAACUAUUAUGUGCUUAAGACCUUUAUGAAUACAAGUCCACAAGAUCAAUUGGAAGUAAUUGUGAGUCAGUAAGUCCAUCUUUCACCACACAAACAUACAGAUCUCAGGAGUUAGUUCGAAAGGUAACAGCGGGACACACCGAUGCUCUCAAACGAAAGAGAAUGCACGUCUGUAACAAGCUCCAAAGUGCGGCUGGACUUUAUAGCUAUCUUUCCGUGUGUGUGUGUGUGUGUGUGUGUGUGUGUGUGUGUGUGUGUGUGUGUGUGUGUGUGUGUGUUGGCGUCAACUAAGCACCUCAUUAAACCUUAAAAUAUUCGCUUUACACGCCCAUAUUUGUGGUCAGUUUAUGUGCAAUAUGUUUAGUUUCUCAGGUCUCAGUAAUGACAUCCAUUCGUGUUCACAUAGGACGGAGGCUGUGUUAAGUUGACUUUUAUAGUCGUCGCUUGCUUGUCUCUUCCUACCCUUUCCAAUGUGGUCUGGCCUUUCACGGGAAGGACUAGAAGAAUUCCUUAUGAUUUUUUUUUCAGCCACUUUAAGGAUAUUAUCACCUUAAAAUCAUUGGCACAUUGAACAUGUCUACUUUUUUUUCAAGGUCAUACAUGUUUAUGGUUACGAUUACGUGUGUUUGUGUAGUGUCCUUGCCUAAGUGUUCUCUCCAAAUUGCAUUUUAACAGGACUGAGUCAAGCUGCUCCUGUCUUGUCUCUUGAAAAAAAAAAAGUGUUUUAUAACCUUUAUUUUAUACGUAAUUGUGAUUUUUUUUUAUACGUUACCUUUCUUCGGGUAAAAUAUUCAACUAAUCAUGUUUAGAAAGGGACAUUUUCUAACAUCCAUCUUGUAUAAUCUACUCGUAUUACUGUGUCUUGAAGGUGACUGUCUGAGUAUCAUAGUUAUGCUUAUCAAUGUGUGUGUAUGUGUGUGUGUGUGUGUGUGUGUGUGUGUGUGUGUGUGUGUGUGUCGUUAGACGGCCGAGUGUUUGCCUUCUCUAGCAUGUAAGUAACCUGGCACAUUGUGUUAACAUACAGUAGCUCGUCACAGUUCUAGUCACCUACAGUGUACAGUCAUGGCCACAAGUCAAGUAACCUUCUGGACCCACACUACUAUGUUUGUCGUUUUCCCUCAAACUUAUGGGCUAAUAUUCUGAAAAUUUUCGCACUCUCCUAAGACUAUUUCUAAAGGCCCUAGAGAUGACAAAUCAGGUUCUCAUGUUUCUUUUUUUUUUUUUCUUCUCCCAUUUUUUAUUUGAUUACGUACGUAGAAUCCAUGUUAAACUAUCAUUAGAAUAAAAAAAAAAUCUUUGAAAACAACAAUAAUUUCCGCCACACCCUAUUAGAGGAAGCGUUUGAGAAUUUGGGCCUACGUGCUUCGAUCUGCUGACAGUCUCCUUGCAAAAACUGAUAACUAGUAAAUUAUCAGCAGAUCAGAGAAUUUAACAUAGACGGAAAUGCCUAACAGUGGAAGUGAAUGCAGCAUGUUAGUCUGUAACUGUCCACAAUGACUGUACCUAAUUUGUCAUAACUAGUGCAUGCAACAAUCACUAUAACGAACAGUAGUGGAAAAAAAAAGCGUUAUUUAUGUUUAUUUAGAGAGAGGAAAAAAAAAAAAAGGAAAGUAAAAAAAAAAAAAAGCCACACGACUCAGGCCUUACAUAUACUCGUACUUUGGAUGUUUUCUUCUGCAGACUUACAACAAUACGGUUUUUAUGAGAUUUUAUAAAAGGAUGACUGACAAUUUCGUUUUGUAUAUUUUCUUUGAGUGAGGACAGUUAGGUAAUAUUAGUGUAGCAUGACUUGAUUAAUGCCUUGUAUUUACUGUGUUGUGAAUAUCCAAAAAAGAAAAAAAAGAGGAAAAAAUAUUGUAUUAAGGUUUCUACAGCCAUAUAAUACUCAGUGACUGUGUUCAGAUGGAUUAAAUGACAAGAUUUUUAUUUUCAAGGCAACACUGCUUGCCUUGCCCCGCGCUACGUAGGUUGUGUUGCUUUCAACAAUCAUUGUAUAUACCAUCUAGGGUCAUUUUUAUAUAAACUUUGCAGCUCUAUGACAAACAGCAUUCACGUGCAUUAUGUUUGUGAAUUGAAACGUCAAACUGUCAAUAAAGAAAAGAGGUAG